AUGUCUUAUGGAACAAUAUUAGUAACAGGAGGAACACGAUUUGUAGGAACUUAUUGUGUAACCAGCUACUCGAACAAGGAUAUAAUGUUCAUACAUCUGUCAGAGACUUGA